GAUUUCACAGUAUCUUUUAGUGACGUGGUGGAAACCUGGAAAUACUUGCUACAUGAUAAACUGGGAUUGACAUGUGAGAAUAUGGAAGCACCUGAAAAUUAUGCUGAUAUCAAAAAAGCUUAUGACUCUUUCUUAAAGAGGAGUAAUAUGUUAGAUCUAAUUGAUAUCUGCCAGAAGUGUCAUACAUUAACACCUGAAUCUGAAAUUGAAGAGAUGUCCCCUGUUCAACUGUUAAAAUUUAUCUCUGGCUUAUCAGAAGAGAACGGUUCUAGUCUUUCCAUACCCUCGACGCCAAUGAGACACAGCCAGGAUAAUGUGAAGUUGCUAUUGAUCGUGAAGAAGUUUGUUUAUGCAUAUUUAAGCCUGUUGGUGAAUUCUAAGAAUGAUCUGGCCCUGGCUCAUGUUCUAAAUAUUCCUGAUAGAGGACUUGGAAGAGAAGCCUUCACUGACCUAAAGCAUGCUGCACAGAAGAGACAAAUGUCCAUUUUCCUGAUGGCAACAUCUUUCAUCCGAAUGAUAGAACUUGGAGGAAAAGGUUAUGCACCUUCACCAUUUGAUACUUUAAGAACCCAUGUAAAGGGACUUUCAGACUUUGUUAAUUUUAUCGACAAGCUGGAAGAAAUCAUUGGCGAAGUCCUGGAUCCACGAAUUGCAGGGGGGCGAAUUCUAUCAACAAUCAAGAUGCACUUGAUAAAAGGCCGAAACAGUGGGGAUUCAUUCUGUCGAGCAGCAGAGGAAGUUUUACAAGAUUUGGAUUUGAGGAUUAAAAAUAUUAUCAAUUCUCAACAUGAAGCUGUGACUGCUAGCACCACUGGAAUUAGUCCAGCCCGGCCAAAAUUACAUGUCAUAAACCAUGGCACUGCCUACUGUGGCAGAGAAACUGUGAAGGCCUUACUAGCUCUUUUGGAUGAAGAAGCUGCCAAUCUUCCUACCAAAAACAAAGCAGAACUAUUAUAUGGUGAUGAAAAUGUAACUCCAUUUGGAAUCACCUCUGUCUUAACACUCUUUAGAUCUCCAGCACAAUCCACUGGGUCUUCUCCAAAACCUCUCAGACAACGUAUUAAAACAUCUGUUGGUGAAAGAAAAAUUAAGAUGAAGCAACCCUUAAUCAGGUCCCAGUUCGCUUGUACCUACAAGGAUGACCUGAUGACUGAGAAGAAGGGUCAGCACUUCUUCAGUAGGAGCCAAAUCCCGACUUGCAUACAUCCAGCACCAAAACAAAUGCUUUCUCUCUGUUUAGAGGCUGAGACUUUUGCAGAAGGUGUAAAGUCACCUCCUGAAAGACCAGCACUUGGAACCAGUUCUGGAAAUGUUCUUCAGAAUGGAAGUAAAAAUGAAAAAGCAAAAAGUUGUCAGCCAAGAAACAAGAGCUCAAAGAGGAAACACAUGGCUCUGAAUAGUGAGAAAGUCAUCUGCAAUAAUGAAAAUGAACCAUCUCAGUACACAAAUAUUAAGAGACCCAAGAUAUCAAACAUACUACAGGAGAAAUUGGACAGCAAACUAGAUGGAGCAGCAAAAGGCAACAAGGCUACAGCCAAGAAUAAAUUGGUUGCUGGAAAUUUAGCUGAGUUUUCUUCAUCCCCGGUCUCUCUCCUUUCCUGUAUUGAUUCAAUAUUCUGAAUUUCAGUGUCAGCUGGAAAAGCCAUAGAUCCUUUCAAUGCAAGAUAAGGUAGCUGUUUUAUACCUAGGUUCAGUGGCGAACCAUGGCUUAUGAAAUUGUGUUUGGAACCUAUAUUCUGAAGUAAGAAAAAAAGAUUUAAAUUUUAAAGAUGAAAUGUUAACAUUGUGUUAGUUCUUUUUUUGUUUUCUUUUUCUUUCCCCCAUUCAGAACAAAGGUAUUAUAACAGACAGUCAUUUAAAAGCCGUACAAUGCCACACAUUGGGACUUUGGCUAAGAAACCUUAAAAUCAAAGUGCAUGUUAAAAUAACCUGGAUGAUCAGCUUAAUUUCAGUUUAGUUAUUCAGUGGGAUUGAAACCAUCUUGGUAUGUAUGGCUAAUCCUGUUGACAUUCUAAGAUAUAUUUUUAGUACAGAAUGGGCAAAAUUUUCAAUCAGUGAUAAAAAAGUAGACUGAUACUUUCUUACAGGUUCUGACCACCUGGAAUCCUGGUAAAAAUCCGGUCAUUUGUUUAGUUUCUCAAACUCAGAUUUAGGUGACUAAAAUUAGAUACCUAUAUUUGAAAACUUAGCAUUCAGUAAUUGCAUGAUCUUAUAACUGAAACCAUCCACCACAACAUUCUUUAAAAUUGUAAGCUUUUAACCCUUUUAA